CUUUAAUAUUUGAAAUUGAGAGCUCGAACCAUGCUCGAAGCUCGAACCGAGUUCGAACGUGUGUUAUGUUUAUAUGCUGUAGUUUACUUGAUUAAAAAUAUUCAGACAAAGUGAAACAAAAUGCAAGUUUCCGAAAUAGAUAAUGUAAAAAUUUACAAUUUAAGUGUUGGAAAAUCUAUACCAGAUUGGCUCUCUGAGAGGAAAAAACGUGCCUUAUUAAAGAAAAAUGUAGACUUACGAAGAAGAAUAGAACUCAUUCAAGAGUUUGAUAUGCCUGGUGUGAGCACCUGUCUAAAAGUGUCGAAAGAUGGGCAGUACAUAAUGGCAACUGGUAUUUACAAACCUAGAAUUAAAUGUUUUGAUGUUAAUAACUUAUCAUUGAAAUUUGAGAGGUGUAUGGAUUCUGAAGUCAUUAAAUUUGAAAUUCUAAGUGAAGACUACACAAAGAUUGUGUUUUUACAAUGUGAUAGAUAUGUUGAGUUUCAUGUGGGUCAUGGCCGACAUUAUAGACUCCGAGUUCCACGUUUCGGAAGAGAUAUAGCAUACCACAAACCUUCUUGUGACCUCUUUGUAGUUGGAAAUUCCUCGGAAAUUUAUAGAUUGAAUUUAGAAAUUGGCCAAUUUUUAGCACCAUAUUCUACCAAAGCAACUGAAAUGAACUGUUGUUCUGUGAAUGAAGAACAUGGCUUAUUGGUUACUGGAACAGAAACUGGACAUGUUGAAGCUUGGGAUCCGCGCACAAAGACGCAACAAGGAAUUUUAGAUUGCGCUAUGCAUUGUACGGAUUCUAAAUAUGGAAACUGUAAACUGCCUGCUAUAACUGCAUUAAAAUUUGACGGUGCACUAAAUAUGGGUGUUGGAACAUCUACUGGACAUAUACUUCUUUAUGAUAUAAGAUCUAGUAAGCCUCUUCUAAUUAAAGAUCAUAUGAACGAAACGCCCAUAAAAUGUAUCGAAUUUCACAAAAGCAUGAACUAUAUAUAUUCCAUGGAUUCUGCAGUUGUAAAAAUUUGGGAUAAAACUACUGGGAAGCAAUAUACCAGCAUAGAAUCAUCAGUGGAUUUCAAUGAUUUGUGUGUUAUACCUAACACAGGAUUAAGUAUGAUGGCAGUCGAAGACCAAAAAAUGCAAAUAUACUACAUACCAUCAUUAGGUCCUGCUCCGAGGUGGUGUGCCUUUUUAGAUAAUUUGACAGAUGAACUUGAAAGUUCUGCUGCACAGACUGUUUAUGAUGAUUAUAAAUUUGUGACAAAACAAGAACUAGAAUCUUUAGGCUUGGAUCACUUGCUUGGCACUAAUCUUUUAAGAGCAUAUAUGCAUGGAUACUUUGUGGAUAUACGACUUUACAAGAGGGCAAAAUCGAUAGCUGAACCAUUUGCAUUUGAAAACUAUAAGAAACAGAAAAUAAGGGAAAAGAUUGAAGAGGAAAGACCAUCUAGAUUAAAAGUAGACGAAAAUCUUCCUAAAGUCAAUAGGGAGUUGGCAUCUAGGAUAUUGGGAGAUGAAGGGCGUAAGAAAAAAUACACCAGCAAUUUGCUUAAAGAUGAAAGAUUUAAGGAAUUAUUUGAGAAUCCUGAUUUUGAAGUAGAUAAAGAUGCUGCAGAAUAUCGUUUACUUAAUCCAGUUUUGUCGAGAAGGGAUAAAAACAAAGAAAACAAUUCAGAGAGCCAGAUCGCACAGGUGCCUGAAGCGGCAGAAAAAGAUUCUGACGCCGAGCUAUACGAGUCGAGCGAUGACGAUGCUGGGAGCUCGGACGAGGACCGUUCCUGGGUCAAAGAAGUUAAAAAACAACACAAAAUAAUUCGCAAGAAACAUGAACUAGAAGAGGACCUUGCAACAGACGGGAAAUUCUACGAAUUGAAUAGUGCACCGAAAACUACAAGUAGUAUUAAGAGCAUAACAAGAGUAAGCAAGAAAAGCUUGGGCGAUCGGCUAGCUAACGAAGGCUUCACAAUGGUCACUGGGACCAGCGGAAAUAGAGAAAUGAAAUUUACAAUGCGAGGGAAGAAAUCUAUAUCAGAUAAUCAGAAAAAAAUGAGGAAGCAUCACCAAGAGAGGAGGCAGAUUGUCCGAAAAACGGGAUAUUUAAUGAAAAAGAAAUUAAGUAAAAUGAAAUACGUUGAAAAUACAAUUAUGCAAAACGAUAAUGGAUCAUAUGGCAGUGCUAGCGAUUUGCUGGAUAGCCAUGUACUAGGAAACGACAAAUGUUCUGAACCAGCGAUGGAGAGAUCUACUAGAUCGAGUCUUGAUGCCAACAGUGUUGAUAUCGGGGAAAUAACUGAGUCGCCUGAUGCCGAGUACAUGAGCACCUCAGCAAUUUUACAUUACUGUAAAUCCAAAAUUCUGAUCCCAUAUUUAAAAUUACUGACAAUCAUGGGCUUACGACCAGUAAUGGACGUCUCUAACACGUCAAGAUGCAUGAUUUGUUGUUCACACUUUCAUUCCGCCCAGGUGGCAAUUCUUAUGCUCUUAGGAUAUAUUUUACAAUAUAUGGCAUGCUUUAGGAGAGAUAGAGGAUUUUGCUAUAAAUUAGUGCCGUUAGCAUUAACUUCGUCUUUAGAAUAUGACACAUAUAAAGAAGUAUGCUACGGGAAUGUUGCUUUUAUUUACAUAGGACCCAGCGUUUUACAUUUUUUGGGAUUCUUAUAUGCACUGUAUUUAUUUCGGGUUUCCGAUAACGAACAGUUACAGAAUUUGAUGGAAAGAGUUUUUCUUCUAUCUUCGUAUGCGCCUCGAGGAAUGCCAACUGCAAAGCCUAGACGACUGUUGCGUAUGUUGUGGUUCUUUAUAAUUCUUAGUGUGGUUUGGAUGUGCUUAUCACUUUGUUUGGUGAAUAUGAUGUUGGCCAAAGGUAACAUAAUAUUCAGAUGGAUGGAAACCAGUUCCUAUGAAGUAAACGUGGCUCUGAAGAUACUGAUGAUAAUUUGCACACUGAUACACGACAUGGUACAGGCGACCAUAAUAACUAGUUACUGUCUCCAAGCACAACUACUCCAAGCUCACCUCAUGUUUUUAAGAGAACGUCUGCUCAAUAGGACUAUGACUCCACUCAAUUGGAUGAGGGAAAUAGCAGAAUUCCGUAAAUUAUUGAAGUAUUUGAAUGACGAUCUAGCGCCAGCGAUAUGUUUAUUCACGAUGGUGAACAUCUCUUGGGCCAUAUCAGGAACUAUGUGGUUACUGAAUUUGGAUAAAGUGGACACCGAGACGGAACCAAUAAUUGGAAUUAGCGUUCUUAAUCAACUGUUGUGGAUAUCGGCAGCGGUCGUACCCUUUAUUCAGGCGGCCCGGUUGUCUAGAGAGUGCGCUAAGACUCAGUCCGUCGGGCACGAGCUGUGCGUCCGACCGUUUUUACACCAAGACACGUCACAGGAAGACAUUACCACGAUAAUGCUGUACGCGUCGACGCUGCAACUGCACGCCAAACUGUUCCACUACCCUAUAGCCGGACGUUACCUCUAUCUCGCCGUUACCAUUAUCAUUAUCGUAUUAUUUUCAUUAGGAAUGUGUCAUUAUUUACAAUGAUUGUUAUCAUUAUUCGUUUUGUCAAUUAUUAUGAUUAUUUUGAAAUGAAAUAAAAUAAGUUACAUACAA